AUGUACCCCCCUCGUCCGCAGGGCACCAGCGAGUAUCCCAACGCGUAUAUCGAGUCUAUGCCGCAUAUGCCUAUGUAUCCCAUCCCACCACCACCACACCAGUACCCGUACGGAGCAGCGCCACCACCACUACCACCUCCGAGACAGUACUCCAGCCAGACCACCAGCAGCGCCUUCAGUAGUUCCGCCAACCCCGACGAAGACUGGACCAAGAUCUCAGACUUGGCUGAAAGGCGAAGGAUACAGAAUCGCAUUGCGCAGCGCAACUACCGCAAGAAACUCAAGAGACGUCUUGAAGAACUCGAGAGGCGGGCCGGUGAAGAAGGGAUGGGAACGGGGACGUCCGGAUCUGAGAAGCAGCAGACGCAGAAAAAAACAUCCAGUCCCGGCACGAACACAAGCUCCGGCACCAAGCGACAAUCCUCAUCUUCCUCCAAGUCCAGCAAGACCUCGGUACCGAAGGCGUCGAGCACAAACGACGGUCAAUUCACCCCGCCCAUGCAGCAAGAUGACGAGUUCCUCAUGCCGCCUGCCUACGAUGACAACCGCCCGAAGUCACAUACGCCUCCCCUCUUUCCAUAUCCCUCGUACGCCCACCAGGACGAGAUGGUCAUGGCCCACUCCCACUCGUAUCCGGCGCAGCAGCCCUAUUCCGCGCCCAUGGCCAGCGCUGAAGCGUACCCGACCUACCUUUCCGCUCCGGCCCCUGCCACGCUGCCGCCCAUGAACCACUUCAACGAUGCGAUCAAGCGAGAAGCCUACCCCAGCGACGACGGUUUGGCCUACAUGAACUACGGGUAUGUUCCGGGCAUCGAGAUGGCGGCGACCCAUUCGUACGAACAUCCCGAGCCUCAUACGCCGCCGCUCUCGCACACGUUCGACCAGUCGGCCAAUUGUUCCGAUACCUGUUACGAAUAUCCCACCACGCCGCUGUCCAUGCCGGGGUCACCGUGA